GUAUUGCAUCACGCAGCCGAAGCGUUGCACAUCUCACAAUCAAAAGAAACAGCGGGUCAAUCAACCGGCAGCGGUUCUACAUUUUACGUAGACGAAAGCGGCAAAGGAAAUGAUGAAACGGGAAAAGGAACAAAAGAAUCACCUUUUGCUUCUGUCGUAGGUGCUUGGCUUGCAAAAGGACAAGAGGCUUCAAUUUUAGUAAAACGUGCACCACAAUCAACAAAAGCCGGUGAAGAAGAUGUACCAAAAGACGCCGCAGCAGAUGCAGAUGGUUAUGCGCCAAUCUCUGCAAGCGGAGUGAAAAAGGCAAAAAAGUUGUACGAUAUGGCAUUAAAGAAGAAAAAGAAACAAGAAGAACAAACGGCAAAACAACAAGAAUCAGCUGGAAGUGAUGAAAAACGAUUGGAAGAAAGCAAGAGCGUCGUUUUGGAAAAGCCUACCGGAGAUUUCAAGAGAAUCAAGAUUGCACAUGGCGUGGACACAAGAGAUCAACCUAUCCGCGUACAAGGUUGGGUGCACAGAUUACGUAGUCAAAAGGGAUUGAUCUUCAUCAUCUUGCGAGACGGUACCGGGUACAUGCAAUGCGUUUUAAACGGAAAGUUGACACAGACGUACGACGCUCUCACGCUCACUUUGGAAUCUACUGUGGAAAUCUAUGGUACUUUGAAAGCAUUACCCGAAGGUAAAUCAGCACCAGACAACCACGAAUUGGUGGCAGAUUGGUGGAGAUGCGUCGGAAAGGCACCUGGAGGAGAUGAAGCAUUCACCAACAGGGUUGCCGAAGGAGCUGAUCCUUCCAUUUUGGCUGAUUUCCGUCAUUUGGUCAUUCGUGGAGAGACUGCGUCUGCGGUGCUCAAAGUACGUGCUGCUGUUAUGCGUGCUUUCCGUGCAGAAUAUGAAUCUAUGCGUAUCACUGAAGUUACACCACCAUGCAUGGUUCAAACACAAGUCGAAGGUGGAUCUACUUUGUUCAAAUUUGAUUAUUACGGACAAGAAGCUUACCUAACACAAAGUAGUCAAUUAUACUUGGAAACGUGUUUGCCAAGUUUAGGAGACGUUUUCUGUGUUCAAGAAAGUUUCCGUGCCGAAAAGAGUCAUACCCGUCGUCAUUUGAGUGAAUAUACCCAUUUGGAAGCCGAACUUGGAUUCGUUUCAUUUGAAGAGCUAUUGGAACAUUUAGAACAAUUGAUCUGUGGUACGAUCGAUAGAGUGAUGGCAGAUCCAGCAGCAAGUGCACUUCUCAAACAAUUGAACCCUGGCUUCCAGGUACCCAAAAGACCUUUCAUGCGCAUGGAUUAUCGCGAUGCGAUCAAAUGGCUCAACGAAAACGAUAUCAAGACAGAUGAAGGAAAGGACCAUGUUGUUGGAGAUGAUAUCGCCGAAGCUGCUGAACGUAAGAUGACAGAUGCACUCAACGUUCCAAUCUUCUUGGUUCGCUUCCCACGAGAGAUCAAAGCAUUCUACAUGAAACGUUGUCCAGAAGACAAAGAAUUUACCGAAAGUGUGGAUUGCUUGAUGCCUGGAGUGGGAGAGAUUGUUGGUGGAAGUAUGCGUAUGUGGGAUGCAGAAGAAUUGCUCAAAGCGUACGAAACUGAAGGUAUUGAUGCAAAGCCAUACUAUUGGUACACCGAUCAACGUAAAUACGGUACAUGUGAACAUGGUGGUUAUGGUUUAGGUGUUGAACGUUUCUUGGCAUGGAUCUUGAACAGAUGGACGGUACGUGAUUGUUCACUUUACCCACGUUAUACCGAUAGAUGUACACCUUAGAUAGUGUUGAUAAAAAAAGCACGUUUUUAUGUUGAACUCAAUAUGAUUAAUAUGAUUCAGUAAAUGAUUCUAAUAACUGUUAGAUUAUCUCA